UUCCCUUUUCUCUCCGUCUCUGCAAAAUCUCAGAUGCAGGAACUUGUUGGCAAUGCCUAGUUUUCAAUCUCCACCAAGGUUUUCCAAAGUAACUAUUUAAGAUCUACAAUCUCCAAUGGUUUUAUUCAAUGUAGGAUGGGACUUAAGUUGAACGGCAGAUAUAUUCUUCUGGUCCUUGCUGUGCAUCUAGCAUACUUGGCUCAGGCGGUGAGGGCAGCAGGCAACUGUGAUGCGGUCUUUCAGGGCUUCUCGGACUGUUUGCUCAAGCUGGGCGAUAAAAUGGCCAAAUAUCCGCAAGACCUGGACGACGAGAAAAACCUCAACACCAUUUGCUCAUACUGGGACGAUUUCCACGUUUGCACGAUCACAGCCCUUGCGGAUUGCCAGAAAGGGGCGACAGAAAUUUGGGAAAAACUGAAAAGGGAAUCCAAAAAUCUCGAUUUUCAAGGCAGCUUGUUCGAACUUUGCAGUGGUUCUAAUGGAUCAUCAAGCCCUAGGCUCUUUCUCCCUGCCUACCUGCCUUUGCUCAUGGUGUCUCUCUCUGCUAUACUUAUCUGGAUCUUCUAGUUCAUCCAAAGCAUCAGGAAUCCAUUUACACUCUCCACCUAAUGGAUAUCUAAAGGAAAUAAUCUAUCCGUUCUUGGGGGACGUAUGUGAUUCUCUGUGAAGCUGAAAAAUAACCAUCUAGGAUUGUGGGGAAAAAAAAAAUCAAUAUUCUUUAUUUCGUGUUUUGUUCGCCAAAUGUUACCAAACAUUGAGCAACAACAGCCAAAACCGGACCUCAGCUUUACAUUUUCAAACAGAAUAAAGAAAACCUUGAGCCCUUUUUUUGCAAAAGAAACUCAGGAAAGGCCCUGGGCCACUUAAUAAUAAUAUCAAUAAUAAUAAUAACAAUAUAAGUGGAGGAAAUGGUUGUGGGCUCUUCUUGUAAUAACACACAAUUCAGAAAAAAGCCAAGGGAUUUGUAAGUCUAAGAUGUACUGUAGGUGUUUAUAUGUGCAGCAAAUGGUUGAUAAUUAUCACCAUCUCAUAGAUAAGACCUUGUUCAAUCAUCACCAUGUUAUCCACAACACACUGCAACAAUGUGACCAAGGAGAGUAGCUGCUUAUGGUACGGCAUUAAAAUAGAAUUAUUCAGGAAAGAACACACUAAUAAAUUAGUAAAACGACUGAAUGGGUAAAUGGAUGAAUGUGUGAAUGAAUGAUUUUGAUGAAUGGAUUGCUGAGGGAGUUUAGCUUUAUCUGCUGUUGCCAAGAUUAUUUCAAACUUCACUGCCUUUAGUUAAAUUAUUGGUUUAGAUGUUACACAUAUUAAUGAAGUAUCCAAGAGUGUUAACCACAAAGGGGGAAAUAAAUGUAUAAUCGUACCAUAGUAAAAACAAAACAAAAACAGAAAAAUAAUAAAAAAAAAAAAAAAAAAUAUAUAUAAAUACACAAUUUUGACAUUAAAAAGAGCCUUGAUUUUAAAAUAAAUAAAUGUUAUAUAAAGCAAAGUUUAUUAUAACUCAAAUCAGCAAAAAAGUUUGCUACAAAGUAUAGUAAAAAAGUAUUAAAUAAAAUUAUUGUUUCAAAAA